AUGCCCGUCUACUUUAACCCGCUCACCAAGGAGCCCUAUCUCCGGCUUCCAGCACCAUGUUCCCAUAUUAUCAUCACGAUGGACCGUCCGCACGACAUCGAAGAGACAUCAAAAGAAAUGACUGAGAUUCUCAAUGAUCCACUUGUCUAUCCAUGGCUAGAAGGACCACCCUACCCAUUUCUGCCCGAGCACGCCGUGGACUGGAUCAACAUGCAGUGCAAAGAAAACGAAGCCAUCCGAACUAAACUGCAACAAGAAUACGAGCAAUCAAAGAAUCAAACGCAAAGCAAUGAUUCCAGUGACCAAGAUGGCCCUCCAAAAUUCUUCGAUGUUUGCGCCUUCAGAUGCAUCCGUGAAGUCACCGAAUACGACCUCAAGACUGGCGCAGCACUCAAGGAUGUUUUCAUCGGCUCUAUCAGUAUCACCCGGUAUGCCUUCUAUGAACUGGAAUAUGGAAGCUCGGCAAGGGAAGAGGCACAGGCGAGAAACAAUGAGAUACCUGCUGGAAACAAGGAUAUUGUCUGGGGAUUAGGAAACUAUCUUUCGCCUAAAUAUCAUGGUCAGGGAAUUAUGACACUUGCUGUCCGGACUCUCAUUCGGGACUGGGCUAUUCCUCGGAUGAAUCUCCAUAUUCUGAAAGCUAGCUAUCUGGUUGGGAAUACAGGCAGUUCGAAAGUUAUGAGGCACUGA